AUGUCGGAGUCCUGCGUCACAACAAUAUGCUUUCGAAAGACUCAAGACUUUGUGCCUGAACCGACUUCGUCAUCCCUGACCUUCCUGGACAAGAGCGACCCUUUGCACGGUUGCACCAAGUCUGACUCAGGGGAACCUCCCCUCAAGAGGAUAGAUUCUGGUUUCUUCGAAGGAAUUUGUCAAGCAGAAGAGUCAGCAGAGUCGGCACCCCUUGCCAAAGACGACGAGAGUUGUAGACCAUUAUCCUCAACGCCGAAACCACGGAUUGACCAUUGCAUCAUACCAAAGCGGUUACGGCAUGCCAUUCGACAAGACCUCUGUGACCCUAGAGCUUUAUUUCAUUCAGUCCGUCACGGCUAUCUCCACACAGACGUUCGGUACGAUAAACAAAUCGCAGCUCUCUGUUCGCAUGCGGCGGGUUCAAGUCAGAAUAUGGAGGUUGUCAAAUAUACAAGAGCGUUCCCCAAUGACGUGUCCACGGAACCGAGGUUCAAGACAUCCCAGCUCUAUGGUCAUGGUGCUUCCGACAUAGAAGCCUACCUCUACCACUGGGCCACCGAAAGAGCCGCUAUGCAUCAACGACAAGCACGCACGAACGUCGGUAGAAUGAAGGAAAAGCAAUCCCAAGUGGAAGGAGGACUUAUAGCUGGCUUGAGGAAACGUAUCGACCGGCCGGCUGGGUACCCCGGGAUCCUCCACUGCCGAGUGAACAAGCCGGCGCGCCCAGAGAAGACGUUGCUUUCCAGCUAUUCAGAUGCAUUCAGAGCAUGGGAUACUGCUAUGUCGCAAUCUAUACCGGGCUAUGCUGGCGACUAUGAGAAAAGGCAUUGGUACAUAUCUCAAUGGGAUGGUCCAAGUGCUAAGUGA